AUGGGCGGUCGUCAGUCCGUCGUUGAAGAGAGACCCCGUUCUAACUCUGUCGAUACAGGGCAGGUAUCACAAAGACAGUCCGCGGGAAGAGGCCUCACCGCUGCCGAGUUUAUCCAGGUAACUUUUAUCCUCCUAAUCAAUUUCAAAACUGUUGUUAAUGUUUUAAGUUCCGUAUAACUUGAUCCGAAAUUCAAAAUUUAAAGACUGUUCGCAACGCUAGGAUUCUGAGCUCCUCUUCCGAUUCGAACGCUUCGGAAGACGAUGCCGGUCCCUCCGCUGUUCCAUCUCAGAGCAGGUUUUUCUCUCUGCCUUUUUUUUUUAAUUUAGCUGUACUGGAGAGAUUUGAUAAUUAUUCUUACCUCCCGAUAAGUGUGUUUCUGAAAUGUUUAUUGCAAAAUCCAAUUUAACAAACUGGAACUGUGGGAAUGAUAAUUGUCCUAAAAAUAUAAAGCUCGAGAUUCGUGAAGACUUGAAGUGGUUCCAGAGAAGAAAGUAUCCUUGCUUUUCUGAUGGCUUUUUUGCAACUGAUAUUUUGUUUCCACUUUCCAAUUGUUCUAUAUUUUCAUUACUUCAAGCUUCUCCGUAUCUUCAUCCCCACAAAAAAGCACAUUUUUUUACAAGAGCAUUUUUUUAAAGACCGAGGGGCAGUUCUUCUUAUGUACGCGGUGGGAGACUUCACGGACAUUUCAGUCGUCGUUCCAUGCCGAUGUUCAUGAUGGGUGCGUAGUUCAUGGUUCUCCCAAAUACAGAGCAAUCUGAAGGUGACAUGACGUGUCCGGUGUGCCACAAGGUUGUACCGUCCGACGACGCCGACGUCCACCUUGUCAUGUGCUUGACACGCCCCAAGAUUACAUAUAACGGUUCGCCUCAGUUCUUUGGGUUUUCCAGUAUUAAUCUCACACAGUUCAGACGACGUCCUCAAAGAGCAAAAAGGAGAGUGCACAAUUUGUUUCGAAGACAUGGCUGCUGGAGAUCUUAUCGCACGUCUUCCAUGCCUCUGUAUCUACCAUAAAACGUCAGUUUCGGCUUCUUACCUUUGAAUGAGGAAAAUAUUCCGAAGCAGGGCAAAGGACUGAGUCCCACCCCCAGCCCAAUGCUCGAAAAAAAAAAAUCUAAAAUGUACUGAAAAUGGCGGCAUGUGAGCAAGGACUUAUAUAGCGUGACAAACGUGGAGAAACCAGAAGCUCUGUCUCCACGUUUUCCAUGCUCUCUAAUUAAUUUCAAGGACGGUUUUAAAAAUCCCGUCUUAACAAGGAGUGUAAAUGAAUUCAAAAAAACCAUAAUGAAAGAUGUACUUAAAUGAUAAAAAAAUAUAGUUGUAUGUUAAAGUUUUGUGUCACUAAUAAUAGUUUUUUUUCAUUGCCAGUUAAAACAAGAAAAAUAAGAAGUUGGGAAAGGGCGUUGCGCACGCGAUGCGGCUUUUUGGCGGGAAAAAUCGAGGCCAAACGCAAUCAUGGCAAAAACAAAGAAAAAAUAAUUUUUUUAUAUAUUUAUUCGUUCGACUGAUUUUAUUCGAACUCAUGAAAAUUUUCGAAAAAAAUCCUUAACUUCAAAAAAGGGGGGGGCGGGGUUCCCGCCAAGAAGCCGCGUCGAGAAAACGCGUCAAUCUUGCCAAACUCACCAUCUUGCCUAUCAAGUCAAGAAGGGUUGAAAAUACCAAGAGAUUAUGACACAUUCACAUAAAUCAAGAAAAUAUAUGAUCAGAGUUGCUGACGGGACUCACCGGGUCGCCUCGCGAUUUGAAGCAGUCGACCCGCAAAGAUGUUUGAAUUUCAUUCCUUCUUCGGGUCAUCUUUUUUCAUUCAAUUAGGCUCAUUUCCUUAUUCUUAUAAAAAUUAAAAUAGUUUUGAGUCUUGGCAAAAAUUUUAUAGGCCAUUCCGCGCUAGCUUGUCACGUUUUUCUUCCCGCCAAAAGUCCAGGGCAAAUUUAACCGACUUUCGCUUCAAGACCUUCGUUUCUUGCCGUUAUAAAAGCAGAAAUUUGAUCUAAUUUGAUAUGCGGUAUUUUUGGCGGGAAGAAAAACGUGACAAGCUGGCGCGGAAUAGGCUAUAUCGAAAAUUUGAAUAAUUGCAUUACAGCUGAUCUUAAACCUUCCCUCGAAGGUCAAAAAUAGUCAUAAUUCGUGGUUUUUUUUUUCUGAGACGCUCUCCUACUCACUUCUUUUACAGAUGUAUCGACGAAUGGUUCAAACGGAAGAACUGCUGUCCCGAACAUCCGGGCGACGACUGA